CCGGGCGCGUUUCAGCAGACUGAUCAUAUGACAGCUGGCUGCGUCCCACUUCCCUUCCUCACUGGAAAAACGCCACAUCUGACAGGGAGGGAGAAACACACACAACCACACAGGGGAGCGAGAACACCGACGUAAAGAUGUUGGCACUAAUGAACCGGCUUCUGGACUGGUUCAAGUCUCUGUUUUGGAAGGAGGAGAUGGAGUUGACGCUGGUCGGCCUCCAGUACUCGGGGAAAACAACAUUUGUAAACGUGAUCGCUUCUGGGCAUUUCAGUGAAGACAUGAUUCCUACAGUCGGGUUCAAUAUGAGAAAGGUCACCAAAGGAAACGUCACUAUCAAGAUCUGGGAUAUAGGAGGGCAGCCAAGGUUCAGGAGCAUGUGGGAGCGGUACUGUCGGGGAGUUAAUUCAAUCGUGUACAUGGUUGACGCAGCAGAUCAAGAAAAGGUGGAGGCAUCUAGAAAUGAGCUUCAUAAUUUAUUAGACAAACCUCAGUUGCAAGGAAUUCCUGUUUUGGUACUCGGUAACAAAAGGGAUCUCCCUAGUGCUCUAGAUGAAAAGCAGCUCAUUGAGAAAAUGAAUCUGGCAGCUAUUCAGGACAGAGAGAUAUGCUGCUACUCGAUUUCCUGCAAAGAGAAAGACAACAUUGACAUCACACUUCAGUGGCUCAUUCAGCACUCAAAAUCCAGGAGGAGCUAAAAAUAUAGGAGUUGUUUUCCAGCUGUGUUAGCCACGUUACUGUCAUGCCACCCCCCCCAUCACUCUGCGAGGAUGUAAAGUUGUAUCUUCAACUCACAUGCUGCUCUGUUCUGCUUGUGACACGUUUUCCCCCCUUUUCAUGUUGUGGUUCUUUCACAAACCCUGAGAAUGCACUACUAAAAAUAUGAUUCUGAUACCAAAUGUAAUGAAUUUUAUUGGCAUUAUUCGUCCUGUAAAGCUGUACUUAAACUUGGAGUCUGAAUCAAAUUUCGGAUCUACAUUUAGGCAUUACCUGGUUGAUCAUACCCAGUGGUUUAGAACGCUAAUCUUGGGUAUACAACAACACCCUAUGGAAGGAGGGUUGAUUCUGUCAAACAGGCCUCAUAUAACGAGCAAUGUUCUUUACACAGUCAGAUAUGAUGCCAGGAGAUUACUAAUGUGGAUAUGUAGAUUGUUUUUGAUGACUGUCACCCUCCGCUUGAUAAGGUUUUCUUCUUUCAAGGUCUAUUGUUUUAGAAAACUCUGCAUUUAAGCAAGUCAAUUGAUGCAGGUCUGUACAAAUAUCAAGCUAGUAUGAUUUUUACUGAUGUGAGAUGUGCGUGUAUGAAUAUAUGAUUCUAUUUAAAGUCUGAAUGUGCUAAAAGUAAAGCUGUACGGGGUUGUGUGGUUCAUAUUGGCCUCUGUUUGUAAGUAGCCUCAGUGGAAUGAUGUGUGUGCUGCCUUGAAGCUGAGAGAGUGGCAAAAUACAAAGUGCCUUGUGCAAUGUCUCUCACAGCUGAAGCAAAGCAGCAUGCAAGGGGUGCCUACCUGGGAAGUAAAGAUUAAAACAACACAACUUCAAUAUAUUCAAGAAUAAAAAGGCAUGCUUUUUAAUUUU